AUGGCAGCACCAGGUCGACGUGCUCCUCACCCAACCACUAUCGAAGACUGGACCCGGUCGGAUGUGUAUCACAACUCUUUCCUAUUGCCAAAGGACGAUACACUCGAGGAGGCACUGAAGAACAACAAGGAGCAGGGUCUCCCUGACAUUGGAGUAUCCGCUGCUCAGGGGAAGCUUCUGAACCUCCUCGCGAAGUCGAUUAAUGCGAAGCGUGUCCUCGAGGUUGGAACCUUGGGAGGAUACUCCACGAUAUGGUUCGCGAAAGCACUGCCCGCCGACGGGAAGAUAGUGACUUUCGAAAUAGAUGAGGGCCACGCAAAGAUCGCGUCCCAGAAUCUCGAGGCAGCUGGUUUAGCGGAGAAAGUUUCGAUCGUCGUAGGAGCCGCCGCACAAGAGCUCCCAAAGCUGCAACCCGAAGAGCCCUUUGAUUUGGCCUUCAUCGACGCCGACAAGCCGUCCAACCUCAUCUACUUCCAAGAAUCCAAACGACUCUUACGCAAAGGCGGUGUGAUUAUUGUCGAUAAUGUAGUCCGAAACGGACGUGUGUCAGACCCAAAUGUUUCUAACGAAGACAUCGAAGGGGUCCGGGCGUUGCUGAAGGCGAUACAAAGCGAUGAAGAAAUUGAGGCUACCACCAUCAGCACGGUGGGCGAAAAGGGAUACGACGGGUUCCUCUACGCACUUCGCAAGUAG